AAGAAAUAAUGGUGCUGUCCAAUUACAUCCCUGCUUCCAAGUUCCACAAAGAAGAACCCUGAAAAUUUCUGUUGCCAGAGGUUAGUGGCGUCAGUUUCCCUGACUCAGAAUAUUGUCAAUAUACAUGAUUAUGGGCUUGGAGCCAUCUUUGUUUCUGUGACUUAUAUCGCAGGUUUUAUUUCAGCCCCACAUUCGGACAGCACCAUACAUUAGAACAAGCAACGAGAUAGAACAAAACUCGCCACAGUUUAAUUGCCCUUCCUGACCAAAAUACGCUACACUUUAUUUUACUUUUCUUCACAACUGGUCAAAAGUCCUUGUCCGGUCAUUAGAAUAUUUUAAAGAAUCCAAUUGUCCCUUUUCCCCCUCAUGGCCUGCCCGGGAACUUUCUCCGACGAACCGUUGACUCCCGCUGGCCGCCUUUUUCUUCAGUCACAAACAAACAUCAUCAUCCACUGUAUCCUCCGUGGCAAAAACCCCAUUGACAUUGAUGCUGUAAAAUCGACUCUUAGGUCUUCCUUGAUGGUCCGGCACCCCAGAUUCUGCAGCCUGUUAGUUCGUGACAAAAACGGGUUUGAGCACUGGAGAAAAGCCCAGGUGGACAUUGACCAACAUGUCAUCGUCAUCGAUAAACGGCUCGAUAAAUCAGACAAUUUCCUGGACGAAAGUCGACGUUUUAGCAGUGAAGAAGGAGAAGGAGAUGAUGAUGAAGCAGCAGUGAAUCAGUAUGUAGCGGAUUUAUCAGUGAGCAGUCCUUUAAGUACGGACAAACCCCUGUGGGAAAUACAUAUCUUGGUACCACACAAGUGCGCUGUGUUCAGGAUUCAUCAUGCUUUAGGGGAUGGGAUCUCCUUGAUGUCCAUGUUGAUGGCCAGCUGCAGGAGGGCAGAUGAUGCAGAUGCGCUUCCCAGGAUGGUUCCCGAGAAGAGUGCGGAAUUUAAGGACGGGAAAGGAAGGGAUUGGUUUUGGUUGUUUGGUAUUCUGUGGGGGUUUUUGAAGAUGGUUUGUUUCACUGUGAUGUUUGUGAUGGAGUUUGUGGUCAGUAGUUUAUUGGUUUGUGACAGGAAAACGGUGAUUUCGGGUGGCGAAGGGGUGGAGCUCUGGCCCAGGAAACUGGCUACCGCUAGGUUCUUGCUUGAGGACAUGAGGGUGGUGAAAAAGGCUAUUCCCAAUACUACCAUUAAUGAUGUCCUUUUUGGGGUGGUGUCAUCGGGGCUAUCAAGAUACUUAGAUCACCGAACACCAAAUGCCUUGCAUGAGGGCCUUCGUAUGACAGGGGUAGCUAUGGUUAAUUUAAGACCACAAACAGGUUUCCAGGACCUAUCCCAAUUAAUGAAGGGCGCUGCAGAAGCACGAUGGGGUAACAAAUUUGGUUUGAUUCUCCUUCCUGUUUACUUUAAAAAAGCUGGUAAUAACCCUUUAGAGUAUGUGAAGAGAGCAAAGAGGAUGGUUGACAGGAAGAAACACUCUCUGGAGGCUUACUUCUCAUACAGAAUCGGGGACCUUGUAAUGUCACUGCUGGGAUCAAAGUAUGCCUGUUUGCUUAAUUACAGACUCCUCUGCAAUACUACCUUCACGAUCUCAAACAUAAUCGGCCCUCUAGAGGAAAUUACACUAGCUGGCAACCCCAUCUCUAGCAUUAAGGUCAACACAUCCAGCCUACCACAGGCUAUCACAAUGCACAUGUUGAGCUAUGCUGGUAGGGCCGAAAUGCAAAUUCUUGUAGCUAAAGAUAUCGUCCCGGACCCAGAGUUUCUGGCUAAAUGCUUUGAAGAUGCCUUACUUGAAAUGAAGGAGGCAGUAAUAGGGACCGAGAAAGAAUAGAAGAAUAUUAUUAGUGUACAAAGAAAAUUCUUCGUGAAUUUUCUGUACAGAAACAGAAAAUUUCCAGUGAAUUUUUUUUUCUUUUUUACCUCCUUACUUUGUUCUCACAAGCAAAAUUCAAUGCCAGAAUUCUCUGUUCAGUACCCAAAGAAGUAUAACCAAGGAUGCCUCUAUAUGUCCACUUUUGUUCAGAAUAUAACAAAAAAAAAAAA